AUGUAUCCUUACUUUAUAAAUGAGCAGAAAAACCCUAAGCUGUCCAGAGGAGAACGUUUGACAGUGGUGAGGAAUACACAGACAGGGGGAUACGAUCUCCAGAUAACAGGACUCACCAGAGAGGAGGACGUGGGGCAGUACUCGUGUGAUGUAAACACCAUUCCACCAAAACAAUACAUGAUUUAUCUGAAAUUAUACUUGCCUCCCUCCAGCAUAAACAUCGAUGCCUAUGAUGUAGAUGGCAUCUUAAGAGUCAAUGGUACAGAAGGCUCUUCUUUAACACUGUCAUAUCAGUCAUCAGGUGGUGAUCCUCCUGCCAAUGUGUCUUGGUAUAGAGGCUCUCCAUUAUUAUCUACUGGAAUUAAUGAGGCAAUGCACAGCUUUAUUCCUACAAGAGACGAUGACCUCCAGAACUACACAUGUACUUCAUUCUAUCCAGCUUUAUCACAACCGAUGCGGAGAAAUGUUCAAUUAUUCCUUGGUCUGAGACCGGGUCUCCCGGAGAUUCCAAAGAUUCCAAAUACAAAGGAGGGCGAUCAGAUAAGAGUCACGUGUUCAUCCUCGGGGGGUCGUCCACCUUCAUCACUCUGGUGGAUAUUCCGGGGGACAUACUUGAAAUCAACGUGCGUAUCCUCUACGAUCAAUCCCUCUACUCAAACUUACACUGUGAAUGCAAUAUUAAACAUUACAGUCAACAAAGAGAACAACGGAAAGAACAUCAUAUGUAUGGCAAAUAACUCAGUUGUGCCUACUGGACUUCAGUCGUCGCGGAUGGUAACGGUGCUCUGUAAGCUAUGA